GGAGACGUGUGGCAUCACUCGUUGUCAUGGAUACCAACCUCCCCAGUCUCCCCUCAUCUUCCCAGUCCACCGGAAGCCUCUUGGGGGGGAUUCUACAUUUCGGUUAAUGAUUCACUAAUUGCGUCGUAUUAAUUCACAAGCAAACACGACUGUGGGAGUGUGAGAGGGGGGGUGAUGCGAGGAUAGCUGGUGGGAGUGUUGUGGGAGGAGUGGGAGCGUGGGAGCCACCAUCGACCACGGUACUGCACCAAAUAUACCUCAGUGUGGCGUAGGUGCAGGCAGGAGGCUAACCUGUCGUCGCCACCCGGCCGCCACGCCACAACCACGCCCUCUUGACGCAUAUCGCGGCCCUGCAGUUGGAGUUUUAAUGAUGUUCGCUGAGCCUCUGGUGGUCUUUUCUCCCCCCGCCACCGAACAAUAAGUCAACAAAUUGCUAUAAGACCUACCUUGUAGGUCUCAGGUGUUCAUCAGGCCAAGUGUGCCUUGCUGAAAGUGCUGGCCUGACUGAGAUAAGAGUGAGCUUGUCCUGCGUCACAAGACAGGACUGCGUCGGCCCCCUUCUGCAAGGCGUCUUACCAACACCUUCCAUUCCCCUCUGAUCGCCUCUCAGGAUGGGGGACGAUGGCGGCUCUGACUGGGACUACAACAUCACCGAGGUGGAGUCCUUCAACGCCACCCACGAGGACUGGCAGACCUUCGUCAACGCCACCUUCCUCGGGGCGCUUUUCUCCUGCGACAAGUGGACGCAGCCCCAGCACCUCCUCUUCCAGUUGGCCAACGGUUGCUUCUUCGUCAGCUACUUGGCUCCAUCCCAGCGUAAGGGGCUGCUCUUCAUGCACUUCGUUCUCAUCCUGGGAUUUCUGCUGUACUCGACGUGGGCAUGGAACGUGAUCUGUGCGCCAGACGUCUUCUCCUGGAACUUCACCUUCAUGCUGCUCAACAUGGGGCAGACGCUCUACAUUAUCUACCAGAUGCGUCCUGUCAAGGUCAACAAGGAGCUGGAGGCGAUGUAUGAGGCUCUCUUCCAGCCUCUCAACGUGCCGCGGCUGCUGUUCAAGAGGCUGGUGUCGGUGGAGUACGCCCAGGUCAUGUCCCUCCACGCGGGGGAGGCCUACGCCAUGCAGAACCUCACCCGCACGGACAGACUAGGCCUCCUUCUCUCCGGAAAGGUGAACGUGAUGGCGGACAACCAGUUCCUUCACUCCAUCACCAACAUGCAGUUCCUCGACUCGCCCGAGUUCGAGUCGUCAAGAGCGUCGCUUGAGGACAAGUUUAAGGUGUCAAUCAUCGCAGCGACGUCGUGCCGGUACGUGUUCUGGCAGCGGACGAGCCUGGAGUACCUGUUUGUGAAGGAGUCCUACCUGGCCACCGUCCUCUCCACCAUCAUCGCCAGAGACAUCACCACCAAGCUCUAUAACAUGAACCAGAAGAUCGUGACGGAGAAAGGGUCCCACCUGGACAUCCGUCUGCCGUCUCUGACCUCCUCGCUGUCGUCGUCCUGUGGCGGCGACGGUUCCCUCCGCUCCCCCGCCCGCUUCUCCCUCAGGUCUACCGGUGGGGGCGGCUUUGGGGUGGGCCAUGGGGGUAGCGGGAGCAGCGGGGCUGGCAUGGGCUGCACGGGCGGCCUAGCCUCAUCCUUCGCGGGCGUGGCCGGCCUAGGCAUGGGCGCCAAGCACUCCCGCCUUGGUUACACCAUCCUCCCCACCUCCGCCCCACGACACGAGGGACGUGAGCGGCUGGACUUGACGUACCGAGAGAGCCGGGCCAAUUUCCGGGACACGUGCCUGGCCUACCGGGAGAACGGUUACGUUCCGAACGGCCGUCCAGAGAUGACGCCGUUGACAGAGCUGCCGUCCACCGAUUCUCUUACAGACACUAGCCACGAUAUACAGACCUGGCUUGAAGACUCCUCGCGAUACACCCAGCACUAGCAAGGGUGUCCCUAGGUGCUAUGCAGUGUUGCCGGAGUCUGGAGGAAGGGAGUGUAUCUUGGAUGAUUUUGUAAGCUUGAACCAAGGAGUUUACAAAGGACUACACCCUAGAUAAGAGGCUGUAGUAGGAACUAUUCCAGGGACAAAUUGGAGCUCCACCAGAGGACUAGGGACUAUUCAAGCGGCUGUGAGUUACUUAAGGGACUAGGGGCUAACGUCUGGGACUGUACCAGGGGCGAGGAGCUAUACCAGAAACUAUAACAUUACUAGGAACCACGCCAGGGAAUAGAUGCUACGUCAGGGAUUACUAGAUAGGCUAGGAGUUGUACUAAGAAUUUGGAGCUACAACGCGAACUCUAGCAUUGCCCCUGGUGAAGCUAAGAGCUAUACCAGGGGCUAGUAGCUACAUCAAGGGAACUAUAUAAUGAAAAAUGUUCAAAUCAGUGAUGAAUAAAGUCUACUUUAUAAUAGAUAUCGAAACGUCCAGCUUUUAAAGCUUAAUCUUGAUAUUGAAAGUCUUUAGUCUAGAUCUAAAGAAAAAAACAGAUUUUAUUUAUUUAUUAAUUUAUUACGCACACAUACACGCACGCAGGAUGUGUGUGCCUGUGUUCUAUACUGAUAUAGGACGGAUAAUGUAUACUGUAUAAUAUAUGUGUAUAAUAAAGGCUUAAGGUGUUUCCAAA